GCCAUCACCCAAACUAAUAACAGCGUUGCCAGAUUGGGCGGUUUAACUCCCAGUUGAGACGGAUUUAGUCAUAGUUGGGGUUAUAAAAUCUUCCUUCGCCUGGGAAAUAUCAUGUAUAUCAACCCAGAGUUACACUUUGGAUUGGUUUAGCAUGAACUGGGAGUCUUUUAAAACCUUGACUGGAUUAGAAACAGCCGGUUCAAUCUGGCACACUGUGCGCUGAGUUCGCUCCUUUCUGCUUCCUUCUCACUGUGCGCUUGAAGCACUGCAGACUCACAGCCCAGUUUUUAGCGCUGAGAAUCUUGCACUGCAACAUCUCCGUUCGGUUUGUGGAUGCUUUUACACACUGCCAGAGUUUUACCUUUGGAUUUAUAUCUUGCGUGAAGAUAUGGGACUUUAGACGGAUUUUUGUUCUUGCUUUUUCUAUCACUGGCGAUCGAGAGAUUUUGGGGUGAUGGUAUUAGUGCAUUUGGCGCGGAUGCGCUCUUUUUCUCGCCUGCUACCUUUCCCUGGGACAAGACGUUUGGAAAUGUGAAGGAGCUUGAAGUAUGGCAUGCAAAAGAUGGUCUCGGCCAAGAAGGAGACGGUGAUUGCAAUGUGCCCCACUUACAUUUCCACACUCUUCUACUUUCUGUGCGUUACGGCUUGCAUUAAGAAAAUCUCAGGUCAGGUAAAGAAGGAUGAGAUGUUAUGCCCCGAAAAUUUCACCCAGAUCUUAGACCGACUUCUGGAGGGUUAUGACAACAGACUGCGCCCUGGAUUCGGCGGUCCGGUGACUGAGGUGAAGACUGAUAUCUAUGUCACUAGUUUUGGUCCAGUAUCUGAUGUGGAAAUGGAGUACACAAUAGAUGUGUUUUUCCGACAGACGUGGGAGGACCGGAGGCUUAGGUAUGAGGGACCAAUUGAGAUUUUGCGACUAAAUAACCUGAUGGUAACCAAAGUGUGGACUCCUGAUACCUUCUUCAGGAACGGGAAAAGAUCUGUGGCUCACAACAUAACUGCCCCCAACAAACUCUUCCGCAUAAUGAAAAAUGGCACAAUCCUUUACACCAUGAGACUGACAAUAAGUGCAGAGUGUCCAAUGAAGCUAGUGGAUUUUCCUAUGGAUGGCCAUUCCUGUCCACUUAAGUUUGGCAGCUAUGCUUACCCCAAGACUGAGAUGAUCUACACAUGGACCAAACACUCUGUGGAAGUUCCUAGUGAAUCGUCCAGCCUUGUUCAGUAUGAUCUGAUUGGACAUACUGUCUCCAGUGAAACAGUCAAAUCUAUUACAGGUGAAUAUGUGGUGAUGACUGUCUAUUUCCACUUGAAACGGAAAAUGGGCUACUUCAUGAUUCAAACGUACAUCCCAUGCAUCAUGACAGUAAUCCUUUCCCAAGUGUCCUUCUGGAUAAAUAAGGAAUCUGUGCCUGCCAGAACUGUCUUCGGUAUCACCACUGUCCUCACCAUGACCACUCUGAGCAUCAGCGCACGUCACUCUCUACCCAAGGUCUCCUAUGCUACAGCCAUGGACUGGUUUAUUGCUGUGUGUUUCGCCUUCGUGUUUUCGGCUCUCAUCGAGUUUGCCGCUGUGAACUAUUUCACCAACGUGCAAGCGGAACGAGCGAAGAAGAAGGCAGCCAAGAAUGCAGCCGCUGCUGCUGCUAAGAGCACCAUGUCAUCAGGGAAUGGAAAAGACACUGAGGAGAUCCUACAGCAAAACUCAGACACUAAUGGCAACCUACGCAAACGUGUAAACUCCACGACUCAGUCUCAGCCCGACCCUAAGGGCAGCCAAAGAAAUGAAUCCUGCAGCAGGAGCUCUAUGACCGCAUCCAAAGAGCUCCAGACAAGCCAGUUAUCUUCCAGCUCAUGCGCAACAGGCAGCACCUCAGGCCAAACACGACUCCAUCCCAAAUCCUUCCCCCAGUCCAAAGCACACACUCCGGCUUCAGCUUCCAAAACCACGCCCCCGGCUCCGCCUUUGACGCCAACAGUCCCUGAGCGCUCGUCAGCCAACACACCCACCGGCUCUGGCUCUCUUCAUCAUCUUCUAGCUCCAAAGUUGGAGAAUAUGCAGAAAACAGAUGCCAAGCCUGCAUCCAGUGCUCCACCAGCAGCUUCUACAGGCGGGGCCAGCAAGAUUGAUAAGUAUGCACGCAUCCUUUUCCCAGUGUCCUUUGGGGCAUUUAACAUGGUGUACUGGGUGGUAUACUUAUCCAAAGACACCAUGGAAGCAAGAGGAGCCUAAUCACAGAAUUUUCAGAUUUUGUCACAUUUCUUAAAGCCAAACAGCACAUAAAGGGAGCAACAUCCCUCCAAGGAUCAAACAAAUUCAACACAAUUUCUAGAAUCUUCUUUAAAUCAGUGGACAAACAAAACAGCCUGGACAAGCACCUCAGAAGAUCAUCGGGGUAACAUAAAUCCAAAAUCUUUUAGAGGUUGUCACUGAGUCCUUUUACAGAAUGAGCAUGUGGAUAUAUUAAAAAAAAAAACAGUCUUAGAUUUACUAGCCCAUUUAAAACUGGUCAUUAAAUUGCAGGCACAUUUGUUGUCGAGCACGUAGGUGUAAAAAUGGAAACAGGAAAAAGGAAAACCGUUACAAUUUCUUUUUUUUUGUUCUAUUAGUAUGUUUUCUGGCAAAUCUGCUUCUGAAUCACAAUUUGUUUUCAUGUUGAAACACAUUUAUGUAUGUGUUAACAGUUAACAGGCUGUCUGAUAGAUGUUGUCAGCAGUGAGGAGUUUUCUCAUAAGGAACCUGUUUUGAGUGGGCGGAUAUCUGACCAUCAGCAGCAAAUCUGUAUGCAUGUCUUUUGUGUCUUUCAGGAGAAUUCACUAGCUAGUUUAUCAUUUUUUUCUUUCUACUUAAAUUAAAGUGCUUAUUAAUUUUUGCACCGUAUGCUUUCACAUCUCCACAAACCCCAAACGUCCUCCUUGUACCAGUUUGCACCACUGUAUUUUUGUUUGCUUUUAGAAGUCCCUUACUAUAUAAUGUUUUCUUCCAUUAAGUAGUGGUUCAGGAAGUGUGUACCGUUGAUGAAUGACCCAUGACAGCAUGAAUGAGCAGGAAUACUAGUAUGAGAAUGAGUAAGAGUGCUGAGAGUGUCCAUACUUACAUUAUAUAUUAUGUACAACAUUAACAUUAUGUUUAUAUAAUUAUCCAUUUUGUAUACACAAUAUGAAUGUAUUAUCUAUAAAAAGAUAAUCUUCAUUAUCCAUAGAAUGCCAGCUCUGCUUGACAUUUUGGUGAAGAGCAGUGGAUUGUUUCCCCUAUCAUGUCUGACUAUUUUAAAAAUGUUGGAAUAUUAUCUGUUUUUUUUUUUUCUGGAAACAUUAUUUGUUAUAGCCUCCAGUUAGUUUGUCAUUAACUCUCCAACUCUUGACUGGUUUUCCAGCCUAUUACCAGCACUGACUCUGAGUCAGCAGGCCUACACCUCAUCACAUCCCUUAAUCAUACCCAUAUUGAUCACCCGGUCAUUACCACAACAGCCCAACAUCCUUCAUUCAGCCAAUUUCAUCUAAAAUGAGAAUGCAUUUUGCGUUCUUAACCCCAAGCCAUUAACAAUGCAUCGUUUUAUUAUGAAGCCUUUGAAGAUUUUUUUACUUUGUUACUGAGAGAAGAAGGUAAAAAUAUAAGAGGGUUUUUUGUGGGUUUUGUUUUCAUUCUUCUGUUCCUAAUUUUUUUCCCCCGUCUAUGCUCUAUUUCAGUUUCUGGCCUAAAGGCUAAGCAUAAAGCAGGGAAUUUAGUAGUGGAGGGUCCCUGGGGGGAUGGCAUGCUGUUCCAGACACUUACCUCUACUACAGAAGUAGUCACUUAUACAAGGCACCAGAAGGCUUAUUACAUUUCAUACCCUUUUGCCUUGUCUUUUUUCAGUUUGACAUUUCUCACCACGCGCUUACCUUCGCUCUUACUCUUUCUUUCAUUUUCUGUGUGCAUGUGUAAAUAGAGGACAUUCUCUGUGUAGUUUAUGGACAAAGCUAUCAGUGGACUGAUGAAGCGUUCCAAAUGUCUGCCGUUUCUGGCUUCUCCGGAAGUGCACUUGAGUGUGAAAUUGACUUUGUGCCCUUGCUCUCACCCCUCCUAAAAAUAUUCUCUCUCUUUUUCCUCAAACACACACUCACUCACUCACUCAGUUACACACACACACAGAGAGACAUUAAAUCCUCGUUAACCUGC